AUGAAAGUCCACACUGGAGAGACCCCGUACUCCUGCCAACAGUGUGGACAUCGCUUCACUGAGAAAAGAAGCCUUGAAAUCCACUUGAGAAUUCACAGCGGAGAGAAGCCGUACUCCUGCAGAGUGUGUGGGAGACGCUUCAUUCGCAGAGAAGACCUGAAGAGCCACACGAGAGUGCACAGCGGAGAGAAGCCUCACACCUGCCCUCGGUGCGGAAAGAGCUUCACACAGAAAGGAAAUCUUUCCACUCACAUGAGAGUUCACACCGGAGAGAAGCCGUUCGUUUGUGUUCAGUGUGGCAGCAGUUUCAGAAGUAAAGCUAACUUUAACUGCCACAUGAGGAAACACUCCUGA